AUGGAACCAAUCAAAAAGUCGGAUAUAAAAACUGGUUUAAAGGGGCAAACCAAUGCGUUAACUCUUAUUAGUCUUACGAUUCUCACUGCUGGGAACAUGCACCUGCUCAGUGUACUGGUACAAACCCAAACGAUCAGUAUUCUGAUCUAUUUAUCAAAUGUUAUAUUUCGCCAAUGUGAGACAGUCUGUCCGGUGGAUUUUUUGGACGCGGGAGAAGGUGUAUGUUUACUUCGUGUAGCACGUGAGGUAACAUACUAUGAGGCGCAUCAAAUCUGCGAGCAGGAGGGUCAAAAACGUGGUCUACGACUAUUCAUACCAGGACGAAAUGCGCCAAAAAUGCUCCCUUAUUCUUCCAGUUUGUUGGUGUUCACGGGCUAUAACGCACUGUUAAAUCGCUCUGUGAAUCUUCGGGCCGGCUGGCGAGUUACCGAUCCGGGUUUCGCCAGCUUUGUCACAACAGCCUCGGAUACCACGAUCCGCUGGUCAGGUAAUGAACCAAACGGUCAGCGAGAGGCCAUCUCGGUAUAUUAUUACGGUUGGCAUGUGGAUGACAUCCCCGAGAUUUACCAUGCGACUGACGUUAUUUGUGAAAUUUCCUCAUUCUCAGCACAGGGAGUUGUGGAACGAUUUGAGAAGAAUUGGCCGUACCAGUUGAAUUCACUUUUUCUUCAAGACAGCUCCAUUGCUGGCAGCUUUCAGAUGUAUGUAGUAUCGACCACGUUUUCCUGUCUCGUGCGGUACGUCAACAGAUAA